AUGGCUAAGAACAAACCCAAGGCCAACUCUCGUGCCGCAAGGCGCGCGGAAUCACCGAGCCUGAAUGUCGACCGAUCCCUGACCACUGUCCCGCGAGCCGAGUCUCCGACUGCUGAACAUCCUUCUGUUUUGACUGAUCGUAGAAACUCUGGUAUUCAGAAAAAGCAAAAAGGAAAGAAGCUUUCAAGAGCGCAGCGUCUGAGACAACAGAAAGGCAUGGAUAGGGCCGAGGCCGUUAUGGAUCAACUUGAAAUCAAGAAAGCUAAGAGUUUUGUUCGCGCAAAGGCAGUUGACGCCCGAAGAGGUGAUUGGGAAGACCUGAACCGAAAGGCCGCCGCCUUGUUGGCUGCUCAACAAGCUCAGGCUAAAGCUAAAGCCGAAGCCGAAGCUGAAGCUGAAGUCAAAGAAGUCCACGAUCGCGACGGCGACGAAGAUAUGGACGGCGAUACAACACCAUUUGUGGGCGCCGUCAAUCCAUUCGAGUCACAGCCGACAAACGCGGCUUCCAAUCCUGUCACAGAAACUCCGAUGCUGGCUGACGAAGACGACGAUAUCACUUGA